AGAAGACGGUCCUGCUGACCGGAAGAACCAGAUAAAAAAACAUCAUCAGCAGUCUGCGCUUUUAUACGAGUUCCUUGAUCCUCUAUAUUAAACCAUGGGAGCUGAUAAAAGGCUUAGUCGGGGUGAACGUAGUGGAAGAUAUGGUCCUGAUGGGAGGAGAGAUGAUCCAGAAUGGCAUGAAAGACGGAGCAGAGAUGUGGAGAGGGAUUAUGAUCGACGAUGGGAUGAUGAUAGACACAGAGAGCGCUUCGACGAGCGCAGAGACAGAGACAGUCCAGAGCAGAGGGGCCGGAAGCGACGCAGUAGUGAUAGAUCCGAUGACGAAUAUGAUGGGGAUUACCCAGACCAGGACUACAAAAUGGAGCAGGAGGAGGAGAGCAAGACUAUUAUGCUGAGGGGUCUCUCUCUUCAUGUCACUGAGGAUGAUAUCCGCUCAGCGCUCGAGCAGCUGCAGGGGCCCCAGCCUGUGGAUAUACGCUUGAUGAAGAAAAGGACAGGUAUAAGCCGAGGUUUCGCCUUCGUGGAGUUUUAUCACUUGCAAGAUUCUACCCGGUGGAUGGAGACCAAUCAGAACAAGCUGGUCAUCCAGGGGAAGAACAUUGCGGUGCACUACAGCAACAGGAGACAGAAGUUUGAAAACUGGCUUUGCAAUGCAUGUGGGCUCUACAAUUUCCGGAAGAGGCUGAAGUGUUUCAGGUGUGGAGCAGCCAAAGUUGUAGAUGGAGAGUCACCAGGACUUAGUGGUUUAAAUACUGAGUCUCAACAGGCAGGAGAUUACAAUGGAGACACAAUAAUUUUGAGAAAUAUUGCCCCUCUUUCUACUGUUGAUGGGAUUUUGAACAUAUUGGCCCCCUAUGCAAACCUGUCAGCGGGCAACAUCCGCCUCAUCAAAGACAAGCAAACAGGACAGAAUAGAGGCUUUGCCUUUGUUCAGCUCUCAUCUCCCUUGGAGGCUUCUCAGCUGCUCACCAUUCUUCAGAGCCUUCAGCCGCCUCUGAAACUGGAUGGAAAAACAAUUGGUGUGGAUUAUGCCAAGAGCGCUAGGAAAGACUCAGCGCAGCCUGAUGGGAUCAGAGCCAGUGCUCUCUCUGUUGCCAGCACAGCCAUCGCUGCCGCUCAGUGGUCAUCCAGCCAGUUACAGCAAGGUUCAGGUGCCACCUCUGACUAUGUAGCUCUACCAGAGGGCUAUGCACAGCAAACACAGGGACAAAGUUAUCAAGUGUGGCAGCAGCAGCCUGAAGCAUUGGCUCCUGUCAUUGGAGAUGGAUUACUCGGAGCUGCUCCAGGAAUGAAGACAUUGAUCCCAGCAGCCACAGCUGUGGUCAUAUCCCAGACGGCUCAGGUUUACCAACCUGUUAUUAUCAGCCAGCCGGCCAUACAGUCACAUCAGUUAGUGAGGCCCGUUGAUGCAGCACAACAGAUUGCUAGUGUUAGCGCUGCACCACUGGUAACACAGGCAGCUUCUACAGUUGCAGCUGCUGUCUGUGCUGCCCCAACUUCUAAAACUACAGCUGCCCCUGAUACCUCCACAUACCAGUAUGAUGAGUCUUCAGGUUACUAUUAUGAUCCACAGACUGGCCUGUACUAUGAUCCCAGCAGCCAAUACUACUACAACUCGGAGACCCAGCAGUACCUGUACUGGGACAGUGAGAAGGAGGCAUACAUCCCUGCACCGACUGAAUCAGACACGAGCACAGAACAAGUGUCAGCUAACAGUUCCUCAACCACAAACAGUAAAGAGCCCAAAGAGAAAAAGGACAAGCCCAAAAGCAAGUCUGCACAGCAGAUUGCAAAGGACAUGGAGCGCUGGGCAAAAACCUUAAAUAAGCAAAAAGAAAGUUUUAAGAGCAGUUUCCAAGGCAGCGGAGCGUCCAGGGAGGAAGAGAGAAGAGAGUCUGCAGCAGCCGAUGCAGGUUUCUCCCUCUUUGAGAAAAAGCAAAUGGGAGGCUUUGAGAUGCCAUCUUUCAUGAACGAACAAACCAAGAUCACAGAGCAGGACACUUCGGCAAAGAGCAGCCUGGUUGCUGCUUACAAUGGAGACAGUGAUCCAGAGGAGGGUGGCUCAGAUAGAGCAGCGGAUGAGGACGAAAAAAUUACAGAUUGGAAGAAGAUGGUUUGCCUGCUGUGUCGACGGCAGUUCCCCACCAAGGACGCUCUGCUGCGUCACCAGCAGCUCUCCGACCUUCACAAGCAAAACUUGGAAAUUCAGAGAAGAUCGAAACUCACGGAAGCUGAGCUGGAGGAGCUGGAGAGGAAAGAAACUGAGCUGAAAUACAGAGACAGAGCUGCAGAGAGAAGGGAGAAGUACGGUGUUCCCGAACCUCCUGCACCAAAGAAGAAAUUCUAUCAACCGCCAACACCUACAGUAAGCUAUGAGCAGCCUACCAAAGACGGCCUUACAAGCGAUAACAUUGGGAACAAAAUGUUGCAAGCGAUGGGCUGGAAGGAAGGCAAAGGUCUGGGGCGCCACCAGCAGGGCAUCACCGCUCCCAUCUCUGCUUCAUUAAGGACCAAGGGCACAGGCUUGGGUAUUAAAGGGAGCUCGUAUGAACUCUCGGCAUCCGACACCUACAAGGAUGCAGUUCGUAAAGCCAUGUUCGCACGCUUCACUGAGAUAGAGUGAGUAAUCAGAUUGAAAUGGGAAAUAUUAAUGGUGUGGCCAAAUGACUGUGAAAAGGAAACUGCACAGACUCAAACUGUAAUUUCUAUCUUCUCUAUGUAUAUAAAUUAUAGUUUUGUUUUAUAGAGCUAGAUAUUUUGUCACCAAAAUAUGUUUUCAGUUGAAUGAAUCUGUAAAUGUUGUAUAGUGUUUGUAUAUAAAAUUAUGUGGACCCGCUGAGGUCUUCUUUCUGUGAAACUCUGAAGAAUCAAUGUGACAAUUAAACCUGACCUUUGUGCUCUACAA